CAAACCGUUUCCUCUGAAUUAAUUGUACAACGAAAGGUGCUAGAGAUAUUUCAAUUAUCUGUUUUCAUCUCUUCAAGAAAAAGUUCGUCUCUUAAUCAGCUAUUCCAAACAAAAAUCAUGUUCUGUUUUCUCAAUUGCAGAUCUUUGCCAAUUUCGUUGCUAGUUCUGAUUUCAAUCUUUGGGCUUAGCCGCUCCCAUCAUUUCGAACCCAAAUAUAGGUUCCACAUCUGUUCAUCGCCAAGUAAUAACACAGCCAAUUCUAAUCUGGGUUCGGAUCUCAAUGGCCUGCUGAGUUCCCUAUCAGAAGCUUCCUCUGACAGCUUCUACAACAGAACCUUCAAUGGACUAUACGGCCUCGUCCUUUGUCGAGGCGAUAUGAACAGCGAUUACUGUCACAGUUGUGUCAGUGCCGCAAGCAAAGAAUUAGGCGAUAAAUGCCGUUUAAGAGUUAACGCAACAAUAUGGUACGAUGAGUGUAUGCUGAGAUACUCAGACAAGAACUUCUUGGGGAUUGUAGAGCUGUCGCCGAGAUUCCUCAUGGGCGAUUCCGGGAACCAGACAUUGCCAGAUGAUCGGAAUAUUGAUGGGCCUGCUCUGUUGUCUCAGAUGGCCAGUGAAGCUGCAGGGUUAGAGAUGAUGUUCAAGGCAAACAAGUUGGAUAAGCGUGGGACACGCUAUGGAUUGGUUCAGUGCACAAGGGAUCUCAAAAGUAGUGAGUGUGGUACAUGUUUGACGGCUCUAUUGGAGGACAUCAGGCAGGUUUACAAAGCGAGAGUGGGAUGGAGAAUUUUGGGUCCAAGUUGUAGCAUAACGUACGAGCAAUACCUUUUCUAUCACCUACCAGCUUCGUCUCAAGGAUUGAGCGGGAAAAUGAUUGCAAUAAUCACUAUAUCAACAGUUGCAGCAGUAGCAAUUCUUGCAAGUCUAUUGUAUUGUUUACUUUUGUCAAAGAAGAGACGGGGUGAACAAGUUCUGUUGCGAAAUUUGGGAGAUGCAAAGUCCGCAGAAUUGAUGAAGCAAGAUUUGCAUUCACAAGAUAGAGACAAUGAUGAAGAAAUGCAUUACUUCAGUUUCAUCACCCUUCAGGCUGCUACAAACAACUUUGCAGAUGCAAAUAGACUUGGAGAAGGCGGUUUUGGUCCCGUUUUCAAGGGAAAGUUGAUGAACGGGGAAGAAAUAGCUGUAAAACGACUGUCGGUUAAGUCGAGUCAAGGUCACGAUGAGUUCAAGAAUGAAGUCAUGGUCAUAAUGAAGCUUCAACACAAAAAUCUGGUCAGACUUUUGGGAUGCUGUCUGGAGGGAGUGGAGAAGCUACUUGUCUAUGAGUACAUGGCAAACACUAGUCUAGAUGCCUUCUUAUUUGAUCCAGUUAAAUGCAAACAACUCGACUGGCUUAAGCGCAACAACAUCAUCAAUGGAGUUGCAAAAGGAAUUCUAUAUCUACACGAAGACUCGCGGCUCAAAAUCAUUCAUAGGGAUUUGAAAGCUAGCAAUGUGUUGUUGGAUGAUGAGAUGAAUGCAAAGAUAUCGGACUUUGGAACGGCCAGAAUUUUCGGAGGCAAGCAAGUUGAGGCUAGCACCAAUAGAGUUGUUGGCACUUUUGGAUAUAUGGCACCAGAAUAUGCAAUGGAGGGAGUGUUUUCGAUAAAGUCUGACGUUUACAGUUUUGGUAUUUUAAUGUUAGAAGUGAUAAGCGGAAGAAAGAACAGCGGUUUCUUCAAAGUAGACAAUAAACAGAGCCUUCUAUCACAGGCAUGGCAACUAUGGAAGGAAGGAAAAGAAGAGGAAAUGGUUGAUCCGAACUUGGUUGGAGAAUGCUCUUUAAGUGAAGCUCUGAGAUGGAUCCAAAUUGCUCUGCUGUGUGUACAAGAAGACCCUAGCAUCAGACCCACCAUGUCGAUGGUUGUUUUAAUGCUUGGAAGCAAAUCGAUUCACCUUCCUCAACCGUCGAAGCCUCCAUUCUUUCCGAUUGGAUUUCCAAUGUCCGCCGAUCAAUCUUCAAUGACUUUAUUGGGAACAGGAUAUCUCUCCACCCAAUCGUCUACCACUACUUCUAUUUAGCCAUAUGGUUUCACAAAUCUGCAGAAAAUUUCAUCUGCCUGAUCAUCAUCAGCAGGAUGAUUACUUCAGAGAUUUUAUUCCCUUUCUCAAAACAUUAGAUUAGAAAUUACCAACGUGUUUAGAUCGUUAAAUAUAUAACAUAGUUCAAUUGUGGUUAGAAGAUGAGUUUCUUGCCGUUGCUGUAUCAUAUAGAUAUUUCUAAAAAAAGUUAUACAAACAAAAAAAAAAAAAAAAAAAUCAGAAGAUAAAUUAAAUUCAUAAACAAACCUUUGAUUCGUGGACCUA